AAAGUGAGCUAGGGCUUGGCUAAUGUCUCGUCUUGACUUGAGAGGCGGCUCGGCUAAACCAAUGACCCAGCUCUUCUCCUAAAUUGGGGUGAGGAGUAAAAUCUAAAGUCGGUAACGUUAGAGCUAGGAGGAGGUCCGUUGCCCUGUCACCAAAACCAUCUAUAGCAGGUGUAAAGGAGGCCAAAACCUCCCAUGAACACGGCCAGCUGCAUCCCCCCCGGGCCGCUGAUAAUGUCCAAAGCCGGAGAUAAGAGCAGUGUUGAAGGUGAAGAUGAGAUUGACAGGCUGCUGGCCUCCCUGACGGCGGCUGAGGUUGAGGAGCUGGAGAAUGAAUUGAUGGAUAUCGACCCAGACCCGGCAGUGCCUGUCGGGCUCCGGCAGAGAAACCAGACGGAGAAGAAGCCGUCAGUCCAGUACAACCGAGAGGCCAUGCUCGACUUCUGUGAGCAGGAAACCAGGAGGCUCAUCCAGAGGGAAAUGUCCUUUGAGGGGGAGCCAAAAACCGACAGAGAGAGAGAGGGGAGCCAAAAUACAACAGAGAUGGGGAAAGGAGACAGCUGUGACACCUUAACAAUACCAGAUGACUGUGGUGGAAUAAAUACUGACCCCUCUGAUUUGGAUAUGAAUACGAACACUAGAUCUGAAGAUAAAAAAGACAAGCUGAAGAACAAACAGUGGAAGUGUGCUGGUGUAUUUCAAGGCAACAGUAGGGAGGAGAGUCACAGAAAGCUAGUUGAAGUUGAGGACAGUAACGUUAAAAGGGAAUUAGAGGACAUUUGGAUAAACAAAGAGGGUACGCUAGAGGUGAUGGGGAGAAGCAAAGAGCCUGUGAAACAGAAGCGGCGUGGCAGUAAAACAUAUGACCUCAUGUCAAAAUUACAAAGGAAAAAUGACACUGAGGUAGAGAGGCACAGAAAAGAAGUCAGAGAGAGAACAGACUCAAAAACGAAAGAACUCAUUUCAAAGCUGCAAGACCAAGGUGAGAAAGAGGAAAUAAGGGGGAUGGACAAACAUCAAAUAAGACAAAAACUCAAAGACAGCAAAACUAGAGGACUCCACCCUGACAAGGAAUGGCAUAGUGAACAGAAAGAAUCUAUACUGAAGGAAAAUAAGGUCAGUGAAGGGGACUAUCACAAAGACAAUAAACAUUCACUCAAAAAAACUUGUGAGCCUCAGGAUGGCAGGCCUAGAGACAAGAAAACGGUGGCUAACAGUAGUAAUAAAUAUGAAACAGAUCAUGGGAAACAGCGUGGCAGCAAUAGCAAAGAGUUCCCAACAGGUGUAAAAGAAGAGGAUGCGGAUGAUGCUUCAAGUAUGUUUGAUGAACUCCUUGAGAGAGUCAGGAAAAAUGACCCAUCGUUGACCGAGCUGAACAUCAACAACUCAGACACCAUCAAAAUCCAGACACUCAUCCAGUUUGCAGAAGCACUUGAGAACAAUGUACAUGUUAAGACUUUAGCUUUGGCCAACACCCGGGCUGAUGACCACGUAGCUUAUGCAAUUUCUGGCGCUUUGCAGAGUAACACUUGCCUGACCAACAUUAACCUGGACUCCAACCACCUCACCGGCAAAGGCAUCCUGUCUCUGGUCCAUGCAAUACAGAACAACAAAUCUGUCACUGAGCUUCGGUUCCACAACCAACGGCACAUAUGUGGUGGGAAAACGGAGAUGGAGAUGAUUAAGGUGUUAAAAGACAAUACCACACUGCUAAAGCUGGGCUAUCAGUUUGAGCUGGCCGGGCCCAGGGUGACUGUAACCAACAUCCUGAGUCGCAAUAUUGACCAACAGCGUCAGCGACGAUUGCUAGAACAGAAACAGGCAGCUCAGUCUUGCCUGAAAUCCCCGUCAUUCCAGCAGAUUCCUCCAUCCAGGCAAAUGACAUUAAAGAGCCUUCUUCAUGUGCAGCAAGGCAGCAAGGAAAAAAACAUGUCCUCUCUGCUCAAGGAGAAAGGCAGCAUUGUUAAGACGCCUAAUCUCUCCUCCACUGACCCAUCACUUAAAACAUGCAUCAAGGUAACUCCAAAGGUUAAGGGUGGACAAUCUGGGCAAGUUUCUGCACCAUCUUCUCCCCCUGCACAGAAGUUUGAAGGCCUGUUGUCACAAAGUAAACUGGACCGUCUGACUUCACGACAGACUGGAGGGAGAAACUCCAGAGAUCAGUUGCUUGACUCCAUUUGCAACAGUGCAAUAAAAGCUCUCAAAAAGGUUGAUGUCCCAAAGCGUCUUCGCUGAAGUAGGAGAUGUGCUUAAUUGAACCAUACCUGACUAACUAGUCUGUGGACAUGAAAUAUUUUCAGAUGUUGGAGUUGGUAUUUUGAGUGGAUGGUUCACCGAAGUGGUAUCUACAGCUGUGAGGGAAUUUCAAGUGGGUCCUCACAGUCAAAGCCCCGUGGUCUGUCCUCACAUUCUGUAGAUAUUUCUUGAAUUGAUGUCACUUACUUUAUUUUUAACAUAAAGCUCAGUCACAGUGUUGCAAUAAAGUAAUUGAUGUGUACACUGAAAAAUGAGAACAAAUAGGAGUUUAAGUGCACCUUCUUCAGAUAUUCUGCAGUUUCUAAUAUGAGUGCUAAGGGCCAUGUAUCUGUAGGUAAAUCUAUUAUAUUCAUCUACCUUCUAAUAGGUGUCUGUGAGUAGAAUAACAGUGCAUACCAAAGAAAUAGACAUGUCGUUCUAUCCACAAUUUAAUUUUGUCUUUGAUGUUAACUCACAUUUUAUAACUUUUGGGACUAUGGACUUCUAUUGUAAUGUGUUCAUCAGAUUUUUUUUCAUUUGAAGAAAGGCUGUAACAUUUUGUUUGAGCAACAUGGGAACAUCUUUUCAAGCACACAUUAAGAUCAAAGUCAUAACCAUAAGUCAUCCUGUGAUGCACUGCCUCUUGUCUGUUUGUCAUGACUUCAGCAUCCAUAUUUGGCCAUUGUAAUGAGGAAGAUAUGCAGUAAGAGCAACUCAUCUAAUCCAUUCAAUUAUUGGGCAAUAGCCAAGUGGGUGUCUUGCUCUUUUAUGUAGGGCUUCAUCAAGCCAAAAUGCACUGAGAAGAGGCAGGCCCACAGUGACAGUGGAAAUAUGUAAAUAAAAACGUGGAAGACCAACUGGAAGGAAAUAUUUAGACACCACCAAUUUCCACUUGAAACAACUUUUAAAAUGUGUUUAAAUGCCAAAAGAAAUGGCAGCUUAAAUGCCACCAACCAAAUGGAAUACAUUUUCUUAUAUUGUUCAUGUGUAGCCUAUAAACCACGGAUCUCACAGCAAAACAGCCUUUAA